AGCUUUUUUUGAUGGAGCCGAGGUGAGCCGGUGCAGGUGGACUCAGUUCUCACAUUAACGUGUCCAGUAGGAGGAGUUCGGGAUGCGUUCGGUACCGGAGCACUGUCUCACGUGCCGACAUCAUGACGCGUAAUGUAUGAGCAGAAGGAGGAGGAGGAGGAUGCUGGAUCAUGAUGAGGCAGGAGGAAGCAUGAUGAGACUGGUCCAGCAGCAAGUCGAAACCGGUAUGAAGAUCCAGGCCACGGGCGAGCACGUCGGCUGCAGCAAGGUUGGAGAGAAUCCCGACAGCCAGGUCAUCUGUCUGCAGUGUCAGGAGGAGGUGGUUCGGGUCUGUCCGGGGAGUCCGAGAAGUCCCCGCCGCGCCGUCGGCACGCGUCUCUCCUCCGGUUCGGCAGACCGUGAACUCAGCAGCAGCAGCUACAAUGUCUCUUCAGGAACCUUUUACAGCUGUGUCAGUCAGAUCACCAUCGGGUUUGAACUCGGAGGUCAAGUGGCUAUUGGGUUCUCCCACUGGAAGAGUCCUUUCCAGUCCAGCAGUCAGAAUCUCCCCAGUCCAGACUGCGUUCACUCUGAGGCCUCUGCCGUCCCGCCUGUCAGUGAGCACCCUGAGCCGGUCUCCUGCCCUGCGUCGCUGUCCAUCACCCCUCUGCCCACCUUCAGUGCCAGUCAGGAGACACUGUGUGACAGCAGCACAAAUGUGAGUUUAUCUCUACAUGGAUCUGAGCCCAAGCAGCAGAGCCCCCACCGACGCAGAGCGCUCGCGCAGCCCUCUACGUCUGGCUACCAGUCAGCUGACAGACCUCUCACCAUCCUGCACUUGGAGAGGGGGGACAUCAUGGAGGAGUCCUCAGCUGAAGCUCUGGACUCCAGCAUUCAAGACCACGUGCCUCCACUAGCUGUGAAAGACUUGAAGCUGCUGCUGAAGAAGGAAAGGUCAGAUUGUGUCAGCAGUUCCUCCAGAGACGAUGACUCCACCCUCCAGAACCCUGGAACCCACAGCAGCAUCCUUGAUGAAAACACCAAGUCUGAUUCAUGCAUCCAAGAGGGUAAAAGUAAAUCCAUUAAACUUUGCUUCAGCGAUGGGAAGAGCCGUAUAGACUACAUCCUGGUUUACAGGAAGUCCAGCUCCCAGUCAGAGAAGAGGGAGGUAUUUGAGCGUAACAUUCGUGCCGAAGGCUUACACAUGGAAAAAGAGGCUUCCUUAACAAACAGUGAUGUGAUCUUCCUGAAGCUUCACGCGCCAUGGGAUGUCCUCUGUCGCUACGCAGAACUCAUGAACAUCCGCAUGCCUUUCAGGAGGAAGAUCUUCUACAUGCAUCGAAGGCACAAGUUUUUGAGCCGGAUGGAGAAGCGCAUCAACCAGUUUCGAGGAUGGCUUCCUCGCAAACCCAUGAAAUUUGACAGCAACACUCUGCCCUACCUGGAGGAGAAUGAAAGCUUUACUGCCCCCUUCAGUCGGUCGAGGAUCCAUCAUUUCAUCAUCCACAACAAAGAAACAUUUUUUAACAACGCCACUAGAAGUCGUAUCAUCCACCACAUCCUUCAGCGGGUCAAAUACGAAGAAGGGAAAAAUAAAAUGGGGCUCAAUCGUCUUUUGAGCAACAACUCGUAUGAGGCAGCUUUCCCUCUUCAUGAGGGUUGGUAUCACAGCAAGAACUCCAUCAGAACGCAUGGAGCGGAGAACCAUCGGCACCUGCUGUAUGAAUGCUGGGCCUGGUGGGGGGUCUGGUACAAGUACCAACCGCUGGACCUCAUCAGGAGGUAUUUUGGGGAGAAGAUUGGUCUGUACUUCGCGUGGCUGGGCUGGUACACGGGGAUGCUGUUUCCUGCAGCUGUUGUUGGCCUGCUCGUAUUCCUGUAUGGGGUUUUUACUCUGGAGCACUGCCCAGUCAGCAAAGAAAUUUGCCAGGCUACUGACAUCAUCAUGUGCCCCAUUUGUGACCAGUACUGCCCCUACCUGAGACUGUCAGACAGCUGCAUCUAUGCAAAGGUGACCCAUCUGUUUGACAAUGGAGCAACAGUUUUCUUUGCUGUAUUUAUGGCAGUUUGGGCAACAGUCUUCCUAGAGUUCUGGAAAAGACGCAGGGCUGUCCUCGCUUACGACUGGGAUCUGAUCGACUGGGAGGAGGAGGAGGAUGAAGUACGACCCCAGUUUGAGGCCAAAUACUCCAAGAAGGAGAGGAUGAAUCCCAUAUCUGGGAAACCUGAGCCGUACCAGGCCUUCACCGACAAAUACAGUCGCCUCCUUGUCUCAGCAUCUGGGAUAUUCUUCAUGAUUCUGGUGGUGAUUGCAGCUGUGUUCGGUAUUGUGAUUUACCGCGUUAUCACCGUCAGCACCUUCGCCGCCUUCGGCUGGGCGCUCAUCAGGAACAACUCUCAGGUCGCCACCACGGGCACGGCCGUCUGCAUCAACUUCUGUGUCAUCAUGCUCCUCAACGUGCUUUAUGAAAAAGUUGCUCUUCUGCUCACAAAUUUGGAGCAGCCAAGAACAGAGUCUGAGUGGGAGAAUAGUUUCACCUUCAAGAUGUUCCUUUUUCAGUUUGUCAACCUCAACAGCUCAACUUUCUACAUUGCCUUUUUUCUGGGAAGAUUCACAGGCCGACCGGGAGCAUAUCUACGCCUCAUCAACCGCUGGAAACUGGAGGAGUGCCACCCCAGUGGCUGCCUCAUUGACCUCUGCAUGCAGAUGGGCAUCAUCAUGGUGCUUAAACAGACAUGGAACAACUUCAUGGAGCUUGGGUACCCACUCGUCCAGAACUGGUGGACUCGACGGAAGCUGAGGAGAGAGCACGGCCACCACACCAUGGCCAAUCUGCCUCAGUGGGAGAAGGACUUCCACCUGCAGCCUGCAAACGCCUACGGACUUUUUGAUGAAUACUUGAAGAUGAUUUUACAGUUUGGCUUCACCACCAUCUUUGUAGCAGCGUUCCCUCUGGCUCCUCUCUUGGCGUUGAUCAACAACAUCAUUGAGAUCCGUCUAGACGCCUACAAGUUUGUCACACAGUGGCGCCGACCUCUGCCAUCACAGGCCAAAGACAUAGGAAUCUGGUAUGGGAUUCUGGAAGGAAUUGGCAUCUUGUCUGUCAUCACCAACGCCUUUGUCAUUGCUGUUACCUCGGAUUUCAUCCCUCGUCUCGUUUACGCCUACAAGUAUGGACCUUGUGCUGGUCAGAGCCAAUCUGCAGAAGGAUGCAUGAUGGGAUAUGUCAACGCCAGUUUGUCCAUCUUCAGAGUGUCUGAUUUUGAGAGGAGAUCUCAGCCCAGGACUAAUGGUUCAGACAUGUUUGAAGAAGCAGUGAGGUUCUGCAGGUACCGUGACUACAGAGAGCCUCCAGACUCAGCCGAGCCCUACUCCUACACUCUGCAGUUCUGGCACGUCCUGGCAGCCCGGCUGGCAUUCAUAAUCGUUUUUGAGCACAUGGUCUUUGCCAUCAAGACCCUGAUUGCUUACCUGAUCCCCGACCUUCCCAAGGACCUGCGGGACCGAAUGCGCAGGGAAAAGUAUCUGAUCCAGGAGAUGAUGUAUGAAGCCGAGCUCGAGCGGCUGCAGAAAGAAAAGAGGGAGAAGAAGAAGGGCCGAGUCCAUCACAAGGAAUGGCCCUGAACAUAACAACUGAUGAUCUUCUGGUGUUUUCUUUGCCCAGAGGAGGGCUAGCACUGGGUUUCCUGCAUGUUCUGGACUCUCCUGCUUUCUGCCUGCCAUGUUAGGCCAGCACCUCCUGUUGGACAGUUGCAGAACUGCACCCAAAACGUGUCUGGACACACAUCAGAUGGGACAACCGGCAGCAAGUUUUGGCACAUAUUUCUUCUAUUUGGACUCUGGGUAGAAGCCAGCUUCAGCUCCUGAAUGUAGAUCACAAGCAAGACUCAACUUCUGUAGAUUGUUAUUUUUAUUUUUUUUAAGUGACCGGAUGCUCCGUAGGGCUUAAUGAACUAUGGACUCUGUUUACAUUUCUCCUUGGUGGAGGAAUUCCCACUUUGAUUUCUUGUUAAAUAAAAGUUGGAAUGAAUGGUCUGCUCUAGUGUAGCGUAGCUACAUAAAGAUCCCUUCUACCGAGGUUGCUGUGGUACAGUCCUCUGUCAGCUCAUAUUACAGAUGCUUUCCAGUUGAAUUUAGGUCGAUAUCUGCAGUAAUAAAUAUUAUUUAUUGUAAAGAAA